GAUCAAUAGUUACAGAUGGAUUGUUUGGGGUUAGUUGUUCUCCUGGCUGCUAUUGCAGUAGCCGAAAUAGAGGCCUUCAACUGCACACUUCCAUUGACUCGGGUCGGCGAAAAACAAUACUAUGUGGAGAGCAAGGACAAGUUAACCUGGUACGAUGCCAAUGAGCGCUGCAUCCGAGCGGGACUCCAACUGGCCACCGUGGACUCCGAGUACAAGUUCAACGAGCUGGUCGACUUUCUAUCCACCAUGGGCUACCGGGGCGAUUGGGUGUGGGUGGGUGCCAUUGGGCGCCAGGGCAGUUGGCUGCAGUUCGGACCCGCCCGUCCGCUGCCCUACGCCAAGUGGUACGUUGGCCAGCCGGAUAAUUUGAACAGCGAGAACUGCAUGAAUCUUUACCGCAUCGGGGAGCCUUGGUUCAUGAACGAUUACGUCUGCCGCUACAAGCUAUCGUACAUUUGCGAAUACGACAACACCAGGAUAUACACAAAUUAGACAAAUAUGCAAGGGACGAUCGAUACAUAUAAGCUAAAAAAUAAAAAGGCCAAUUAACCUGUACAUUAUAUUCAUAUUUAAUAAAAUUUUUGGUUUUGUUAUAUUAACUCUUAUUAUUAGUAUUAUGUUUUUAAGAAAUUUUUGUUAACAAGUGUUAUAAUGAAUAUGAAUUAAAGGAACCAAAAUAAAUACAUUUUAAUUUACUAA